AUGGGGAUACUAUCUCUAUCAAACGAAGACUGCCGAUCCACCGCAAGUCUCGGGGACUAUCUUUCAUUCACAAGCAAGACAUCUAUUGUGGCCGAGUACGAGUUCAUCCACCUGAGUCCUUUCCCUCAAGAAGUGAAGAAGUUAAUUAAAAAUCUUGGCUGGGAAAAGUUCUUUGAUCGCUGGAGUCGAGGAAGCACCAGUUACUGCCCGCAUGUGGUGAUGAAGUUCUACCACAAUUUAGAGCUGUCUGGUCCCUGCGAUUCUCAUCUCGUGUCGAUCUUCCUGGGUCAUAGAGUCUGCUUCCAGCCUCAUCAGUUUGCUGAGAUCCUCGAUCUCCCCGCCGCAGGACACCCCAUUGAUAGCAGAAGCGAUCUUGGGCGGCUGUACGAUUUUGAGUUUGAAGUUGAACUGGCGAAACUGACGAAGGGGCGCAUCCAGGCUUCUUUCCUCCCAGAUCCUCUUUGA